AUGUUAUUUGAUAUGCUUUUAGCACUGUUGCAGCAUUUUUUAAAGAAAGGGAUGUGCAAAUUUGGAGCAGCAUGCAAAUAUCACCAUCCACGAGACAGACCUGAUGCACAACCCGUGCUAGUAAAUGUUUUGGGUUUUCCAAUUCGCCAGGAUCAGAAAUCAUGUUCAUACUACAUGAGAACCGGAACUUGUAAAUUUGGAGUUGUCUGCAAGUUCAAUCAUCCACAGCCUGCUACUAUUUGGACUGUUCUUCCUCUAAAUGGGUCUCCAACUUCUGGAUCUACAAUACCUUCAAUGACAUCUACAGCUAGGCUGCCUUUUGUUGAUGGAGUUUCAAGUUGGUCAUUGUCCAACAGACCCACUUAUACGUCCAGUCACCACUUGCAAAACCUUGCAGCAUAUAUACCCGUUAUCCUUCCACCUUCCCUUGGGAUAAUGCCUGUGCAGCAGGGUUGGCCCGCUUAUAUGGGCUUUGUAAAUCAUCAACUAUCUCCUGAUGUCCUUGGACCUACUCCAAUACCAAAAUCCAAUAACAUCACACAGUCUAGUCUCAGCAAUACACCAAAUUUCCCUGAGAGACCAGAUCGACCAGAAUGCCAUUAUUACCUGAAAACUGGGAACUGUAAAUAUGGUUCAACUUGUAAGUUUCAUCACCCAAAAGAAAGAAGCUCCGUAUCAACAAGCACUCUUGGACCCCACGGCCUUCCUUUGAGACCUGACCAGCCUGUUUGUAUUUACUACAAUCUAAAUGGAGCCUGCUGGUACGGUUCAAAUUGCAAAUUUAAUCACCCACUUUUUGGAUGCUAUGACUAUAACAUGCGAGCGACAUGUCGUCCAGAUGAUUUUCGUAACCAAAGAAAUACACGAGUGGCAUGGACACCAUGGGAAGCUAAACCAACUAAAACCAUGAAAUCUGAAGCAGACAAUAGACCCUUUUCUUCAAAUAACAGCAAAGAGGACAAGAACAUUGCUGCACGUACUUCUUCACCGUUGCAUGUUUCACCUUCAUCGGAGUCUACACAAACUAAUUCUAACUUCAUUUAAUCUCGCUGAUCAGCUUAGCUUCUUUUCCAGUAUGCGGAAUUUCAGAAGUACAUUUGCAGUUUUGUUCUGUGAAACCAUGCUUAGUUGAGGCUCAGAUAUCUUUCCUGAGUAAAAUGCAGGUCAGAUUUUGUCUUAUCGACUUGAGUUAUUUUGCUUUGCAGAUUGAUCCUUUUUUUUUUUUUUUCAAAAAACAAAGACCUAAAUGUUAAAA